GCUGUGGUAAGAGGCGUUGAUCCUCUUUUCUGGUCUCUUUGGUGUCGUGCAGCUGUCUGAAGAAGAAAACACAUCAUCACCUUUCAGUAGAGGCUUUCGAUAAUACAAACUACACAUAACUGGAAUUUUCUACCUACUUUCUACAUCAAACAGUCAUAAUGGCAUCAUUUCAUCCUUACAUCUUUAUCCUGGGCUUGUUUGUGGCUCUGGUCACAGCACAAGAACAGGUCACAAACAGCUCGAUUGGCACAACUCCAAAGGACGACAAUAAUUCAACCACUGUAGCACCCACCAGCAUUGCUGCAGGAGGCAAUGUCUCCACCAGUACCGCCAACAGCACCACCAGCAACAGCUCCAUCACGCCCACCACAGCUACAGACAAAGAAGGAAGUGGAAAAACACAAGAUGGCAAAGCCAUAACACCCACAAUGCCCACACCCAAACCUGACGGUAUUGUCACAACAGCUGCCCUGACUACAAAACAUCAGGAGAGAAAGGACACUACUACCAAAAAACCACAGGAAAGGACAGGGGGUGACAGCACUGGUAUAGUCAUCCUGAUCGUGAUCAUCAUCAUCGCUACUGGAUUUUGUAUUGCCUGUUUCCUAGCAAAGAAGAGAGGAAGACGCUACUCUGUUGACUUCACAUCCAGACCUGAUGAGGCCAACAUCCCUCUCAGCACUAUUGAGCCCGAGUUAGCCAAUGAUGGUGCACCUCAGAACGGCCUGCAAACCUUUGAAGCUGCAGAAACGACCGCGAAAGACUCGCAAGAGUCAGCGACAAAACCUGAGGCACAGGAGGAACCAAAAGCUGAUCCUGAAAAGUCUGCUGAACCCGCAGCUGAGCCUGCAGCUCCUGCACCAUCCCCGGCUAGCUCAGAGGACAAACCCAAAGAGGAUAUUGUUGAGCCGAGUCCCCCUGCACCUGUGGAGCCAAGUACAGACGAGAAAACUGAUGACGAAGGCACUGUCUCCAACAAGACCUCAGUGGAAUCACUGAAGGAGACAAAUGAGAACAACAGCAACAAUGCUGACCUCAGACAGAAAACAGGUUUGAUGUCAAGUAACAGCUUCUGGGAUGUUCCUCUGGAUUGUCCUGUAUGAGACCGCUCUCUGCCCCCUGUGCCUUUCUUCAGGAUCUUGAUUGAAGAAUUACUCAUGAACUCAAGGGACCACGGUGAAAACGACUCAUCACUUCAAGCUCUGGCCUAAUUUUGGGAACUUUUUUUGUAACACUUGUUUUUUUUUUUUUUUUUUUUAGCUAAACAUCAGCUGAGCUUAGCUUUUUAGGUAUUUAUGUAAUGACUGAAGAACUGUUUGCUUUUGUAGCCACAGUGUUCUGAAUUUAAGGUCUAAAUGUCUUUGGUACUUUUUAUCCUAAAUCCUAUUUAGAGUUUAUAGGUCUUGUAUGAAUAUAUUGUUAAUCAGCUUUUAUCAAACCAGAAGCAAGUGUAAGGUCUGUUAUUGUAUUUGACAAAACCAAAGUUUUAAAACAUCAUCGCAAUUUUUCAAUAUAUGGGGAACACAAAGGCUCCAAAUAUUUUUUAAGCUGUUGUCAGUUAUUUAAUUAAAAGUGUAACUAAUUUAUUGUUUAAUAAUGCAUUUACCUGUAUAGACAGACCUUCAUAUUAGGUAUGUAUUUCUAAUUGCUUUGCUUAAGAUUGCCUGAAAGACUUGCUGACUUAAAUCUUACACUGUCCUUUACUCAUUCAAUAAAAAAUGUUUUCUA